UUUGGGUGACACAGAGGAAGGUCUUACAUGCUGUUUGGCUGAAGUGUUUUUUAACAUGUAGAACAAGGGGAGGAACCUAUAGUUUUCUCCACCUCUUGUUCAACUUGUCACCUCAACAUCUUACAGAUAUAUAAGCUGCCAAAUGUUAUCGACAAGCUUACACUUCUCUGAGGGAUCGAUAAAGAGGACUUUUUUUAUAAGAUGUCAAACCUCAAACUGAGAGAACUGUGUUCAUGGGCCUUUUACCGGGCCAUAUUUGCCGAGUUUCUGGGUACAAUGAUCUUUGUGUUCUUUGGACUUGGAUCUGCUCUGAAAUGGCCUGCUGCCCUGCCAACGGUGCUCCAGAUCUCCCUGGCAUUUGGUUUGGUAAUAGCAAGUGUCGUCCAAACGAUGGGACCUAUUAGUGGAGCAAACAUAAAUCCAGCUGUUACCAUUGCCUUCCUUGUUGGAUCUCAUAUCUCUAUCUGGAGAGCUGCAUUUUACAUCAUUGCUCAGAUUCUGGGGGGAUUGGCCGGGGCUGGUAUACUGUGGGGGGUUGUUCCACCAGCUGUCCGAGGGAACCUUGCCAUCAAUGCUCUCAGUAACAACACAACUCCAGGACUGGGUCUUGUUGUUGAGAUGAUUCUUACCUUCCAACUGGUUUUGUGUAUCUUUGCAUCCACUGAUUCACGGCGAUCAGAUAAUGUAGGAUCUCCGGCUAUUUCCAUCGGCCUUUCUGUCACUCUGGGACAUCUCAUUGGAAUAUAUUUCACUGGCUGCUCAAUGAAUCCUGUACGGUCCUUCUCUCCAGCUUGCAUUGUGAAGAUUUUUCGUAAUCAGUGGGUCUUCUGGGUUGGGCCACUGGUAGGAGGUAUUGUGGCUUCCUUUAUAUACACCUACGUUCUGUACCCAUAUGCGAGGACACCCUCAGAAAGACUGGCCAUAUUUCUGGGAACAUACCAUCCUGCAGAUGAAUGGAACGAGCAGCAGGAACAGCACAGGAAGCGUUCACUGGACUGUCCAGAGCGUGUAAAUAAGCGGUUCUCGAUGUAGCAAGAAUUCUUGUCAAAUGGACAGUAUCAUUUGUGUUUCAAAUUAGGGACCAAUGUGCCAGUUAAAUGGCUCCUGUCACUUAUAUUUCUCCUGUGCUGUUAUGUUAUGACAAUGCACAGAUUUUGUAGUUUUUUUUUUAUUUUAUCAGAGAAAUUUUUAGCUUAUUUUUGGUUAAUUUAUUGAUUAAAUUUAUCUAUGGUAUAAGCCAAUGGAAAACAGAAAUCCCAGAGUAUCACUGCCAAAUGGCAGCUGAUGAAGCUUGAAAAAAGAGUAGUAUGAUAGACUGAGUAACACGUUGGCAAAAAGAAAGUUUAAUUUUAAGGCAACAAUAGUAAUCAAUAACACUUUACUGAAAAAGUCACUUUCUUGAAAUUAUAAAGAAUAUAAAUAUUUUUACAAACUCUAUAAAAAGAAAUAAAAAAAUAUUAAAGGCUAAGCUCCUCCACUGCCAGAUCCCUGUCAAAGAGAGUAACCUUACUAGUCAUGGAGACAGGACUGCCAUUAGAAAUAAUGGGGCCUGUACUGCCUACCCGAUAUGGCCCCCCAUUCUGACAGGGCCAGGACCUGAUCCCAACCACUCCUCCCCCUAGCCUGCAGGCAGUGUGCAUCAUGGAGAAAUUUGAGUGGGGCAAACUUGUGCUAACAAUGGGAGAGGUUUAAAACUUGUACAGAAAACAGGGGUCAAAAGUAUGUAACAUACAAAGUGCAGGUGUCUGGAGUAUAUAACAUAUAGGGUGCAGGUAUAAUGUACAAAAUGCAGGUGUCAGCAAUGUACAGAAAGCAGGGGUUAAGAGUAGGUAAUGUACAUGUGGGUAACACAUAGAAUGCUAGGGGUCAGGUGUGUAAUGUACAUAGUUCAACGGGCAGGAGUGGGGAAUGUAUAGAAUGUAUAGAAUGCUAGGGGUCAGGUGUGUAAUGUACAUAGUUCAGGGGUCAGGAGUGGGUAAUGUACAAGGUUCAAGGGGCAGGAGUGGGUAAUGCAUAGAGUGCAGGGGUCAGGUGUGUAAUGUACAUAGUGAAGGGGUCAGGUUUGUAAUGUACUUUGUGCAGGAGUUAGAAGUUGGUCAAGAUUGGGUAAUGCAUACAGUUCAGGAAUCAGGUGUGUAAUAUACAGUGCAGGGGUCAGGAGUGGGUAAUGUACAUAGUUCAAGGGGCAGGAGUGGGUAACACAGUGCAAGAUAAUGUAACAUACAGAGUGCAAGGGUUAGGAGGGGCAAAACACAUGCAAAGGCUGCAAAGGCAGUGGAUGGGGUGUACACAAAUGAUCUCUUAGUGACUGAACAGCAUCAAGGUGGCAUCGCUUAUCAAACUUGCCCAAUGCAUUCAAUGGGGCUGUGCUGCAACCCUGUGCAAUACAUGUUUGUGGUUGUAUGAAAUUACAGGUCAAAUCAGGUGGUGAGCAGGCAAUAUAAUGCCUCCUUAAAAACUGGUAUAAGCCCUCUGAAAAGCUAGGUACGGUACUGGAAGGCUGGCACUACACCCUUGUCGUGGCCUUACAUGGAAGCAUUCGCAUGAGACAGGGAAAUGGCAACUGGUAGGGCUUAUUCAUAAAAAGAGUGAAUUUCAUGCCUUAUGUGUUAGAGAAAAACUAAUUUAGAGAUGAGCAAAAGAAACAAUUUUUCUGGCCUAAAAAAAUUAUAUUAAGCUUUUGCAAAUGCCUAUUUCUAGGCAGAAUAUUUAUUUUCAGAUUUCACGUUAAAGCAGAAAUUACUCAACUGAUUCCUCGAUGGAUUUCUCCUGCCACAUAUUCUAUUUCUUGUUGAUCUAAGGAUACUAUUUUGCCAAUGUUUUCACCCAAGAUUCACACAUUUUCACUCAAGAUUCAAAUAGCAACAGUUGAGUGAAUCCUGAUUGAAAACAUUGAUCAAUAGACCCCUAAAAUGUAGUUAUUCAAA